ACCCAACUUCCCUCGUCUCCGAUCGCAUCGCAUCGCAUCGAACCGAAUCGCCUUGAGGCUCCCACCAGAAUAGCUCCGCGACAACGAGCUUCCUCGCGCGAGCGAAAAGAUCGCACGGAAGGAGGUGCGGAAGUGAGGGGGCGCGCGCGCGAGGAGAUGGGAUCGGAUGGCCGGAGCUGGAACGGGGUCGCCGGCGGAGCCAGAGGUGGCGGCGAGGAGAAGACGAGGGCGGUGGCGGCUCCGGCGGCAGCGCUGGCGGAGGUGCCCACGUCGACCGCCGCGGUCGACAUCUCGCUGCCGCUGCCCGAGAUGACUCCCCGCAUCAUAGAUCUCUGCAAGGAGCUGGUGAAGGAGUGGUCGUCCCUGGACAGCUCGUGCUUCUCAAUCUCGACGGUGUCAGGCGGCAUCACCAACAUGUUGCUGAAGGUAUCUGUCAAGGAAGGCUCUGACAGUGAGUCGUCUGUGACUGUUCGGCUGUAUGGCCCAAAUACAGACUUGGUGAUCGAUCGGGAGAGGGAAUUGCAGGCCAUACCAUAUCUCUCAGCUGCAAGGUUCGGGGCUCGGUUACUUGGAGUAUUUGAGAAUGGAGUGGUUUCGUCAUUCAUCCAUGCUAGGACACUAUCACCUUCAGACAUGAAGGAGCCUAGAAUUGCUGCUGAAAUUGCUAAGCAGCUACAGAAAUUUCAUCAAGUAGAUAUACCGGGAUCAAAAGAACCACAGUUGUGGAAUGACAUAUUCAAGUUUUUGAGAAAAGCUUCUGUAUUGAAGUUUGAAGAUAAUGAGAAGCAGAAGAGGUAUGAGACGAUCUCUUUUAGAGAAAUACAAGAUGAAGUUAAAGAACUUAAGGAUCUCUCCGAUCUUUUGCAUGCUCCUGUUGUGUUUGCACACAAUGACUUGCUAUCGGGUAAUCUGAUGCUGAAUGAUUUGGAAGAGAAACUAUAUUUCAUUGAUUUUGAGUAUGGGUCAUAUAGCUACCGUGGCUUUGACAUCGCGAAUCAUUUCAAUGAGUACGCAGGCUUUGAGUGUGACUACAACUUGUACCCAGAUAAAGAUGUACAAUACCAUUUCUUCAGGAAUUAUCUAUCUGAUAGACCAAGUGAGGUCCAAGAGCAGGAUCUGGAUGCCCUUUAUACUGAAACAAACACUUUCAGGUUAGCAUCACACCUCUACUGGGCAUUGUGGGCACUCAUUCAGGCAAGGGUAUCCCCAAUCGAUUUCGAUUACCUUGGAUACUUCUUCCUACGGUACGGCGAAUACAAGAAACAGCGAGAGUUCUGUUUCUCCUUGGCGCAAGGCUUCCUUUCUUCCCUGAGGAGUGGCUAGUGCUCAGAAGUUGUGUCCCCGAGCCACUUCUUAGCCGCCCGCUUAUACUUUGGGGCAGGCAUGGAUGAUCGGCUGUUGUACUUGUGUUAAUUAGCAAGCCUCGUCGUAUGAUAAUGUCAGCUGUGAGAUUCUUCCUUUUUCGUUUUGUUUUCCUGCAGGAGGCAUGUAGUUCCCAAUAGAAAGUUGUACAAUCUGUGAAUAAUGUACACGUGUUGGUUGCUACAAACACAAGCCUAAUGAAUUCUGUUUUGUGUAUCA